AUGGCGGACGAAGUUGGUCGAGUUUUGGUUGUCAGUUGUAGCUCGUUAUUGACUUCAUUCGAAGCUAUAAAGCGAAUUAACGCGRGUGACGAGCUUCCARACCCUGAAAAGACGACACCACAUCUGGAUUGCUAUCCAUGGGUGAUUAAAAACAAAUACUUCGUUGUUAAAGUUCAUCUUUGCCACGGAGGAACAUAUGAUAUCAAGCUGUUACUCCAGGAGACAUCACACUUACAUUUUGAAGCCAUUAUCAUUAUAUUCGACCAAGAAAAGAAAGAAACCUUGCAAAGUGCAACGGACUGUAUGAAAAUACUCGAAUCCCAUGAAGCAUCUGUUCAGCUACUAYUGAAUGCUGGGAAAGAUGAAGUUUCUAUGUCAAACCAAGGGUUAUCAAAGACAGAGGUAUUGGAAUGGUGCUUAAAGUACUCUUUUGAACUCGUUGAGUUAAACCCAAAUGAUGAUGAAGACCAAGAAGCAGGAGAAUUUGGUGAGCAGACUGGAUUUCCCAGAGUUAUACAAGCACUCAACUGCGGAGAAUGGCCAAAUAUUGAAUUGAAAGCUGGUAUCAAAAAUGAAAAUGUGCAUGGCAAAAAAUUGGCUAAUGAAAUGUCAAAAGAUGAAAUGAAAUAUUCUGCACAGAGUAAUCCUAGUAAAGAAAAUGGUCAAGAAACAAAAACAGAUGAAGGCUCACAAAAGUGCUCAGGUCUCACARAWGAUGAAUCUGAGUUGCUUCGAAGACUUGGACAAGAAGAACCAGAAGAAGAGUCUUUUGAAGAUCUUUUUAUGAAACUCAAAGACAUGAAAGAUCAUGCUGCAACCCUUCCUCAUGAAGAAAGAAAAUCUUAUGCAGAGCAAGUGGCUGUGGCAUUUUGGAAGGCAAUGGGUGGAGAUGAUGAUGAAAUAUCAGGAUUGGACGGAGAUAGUGAUUAGUGUAGCACUGAAAACCACAGCACUGAAAACCACAGACAGUAAUAUUCUAAGAAAUUACUAAAAUCCUAUGACAAAAUCAAACCUUCAGUAUGUAUCUGAGUGGUCUCUCCAACAUCUUUAACUUCUGGUUUCUCUUCUCCCUUUCUUGGUGACAGGAAGCCAGACUAAAGAAUAGGCUGCGAAUCAGGGGGGGAGGGGUACUCCCAUAUAUUUGCUAUACGGGGACGUGCUGCUGGCCAGGGUAUGGUUUUUGGCCUUGCUGUCUUAAACAGGGUAUAC